GGAAGAUAUCACAACUGCCUUCAGACGGUGAUCGGCAAUUGAUCGGCAAAGUGAACUUCAGGUGUCCUCUCAGCUCGUCAAACUUAUGUCCACAACGACCGCAGCCUACCCACUGUGCUAGACGUACAAUAUGGGUAUCAAGGGUCUCCUUCCGUGGCUUAAAAAGUCCCAGCCGCAAGUCAUCAAGAACUUUCCGAUUCGAUGGGCCGCUCCUGAAUUCCGAGGAAAGAAGAUCGCCAUCGAUGCUACACUUAUGACAAACAGGUUUCAUUUUGCUACUCGCGGCUCGCCGGACGAAGAGCAGAAUGAUAUCAUCUGCUGGUAUAAGUAGGUAUCCGUCACCUUCCUCUCAAACAUAUUUGACGCGUAUACAGUAUGAUAUCAGAGAUGCGAUCGUUCGGGGUGAAGCCUGUAGCUAUAUGGGAUCAGAGGGGCGUUAGGGAUUGGAAAGCCGGAGAGGCAAGGAAAAGGCUGCAUUCAAGAGCGACCCAGCUGGCUCGGCGGAAUCACGAAUUCAUGCGCGCUGCUCGAGUCCAUCUCCUCGCCGAUGCCACCAGGGAAUUCAACCUCAUGUCACCUGGAGAGCAAGAAGCGGUCAGAGCUCAUUGGGAAGCUACGCGUUUCGCCUUUGUCACUACUGGCGACGAGACAUCCGACUCUGAGACUUCCCUCCCCACGCCUACACAAUUACCUUUGCCAGACGACGCCCCUCCAAGUAUGGCGGCCAAGAUUAAAGCGGCUUUGUCCAAACAAGACCCACAAUCUCGCGAACGUAUCGUAUCGAUGAUUGACGUCCUCUCCUUCAUUGUCAACAACUAUCGCGGCUCAUGGCGUUCUCAGAAACAUACUCCCAAGCGUCUUCCGGAAGCGGAAGAUGCAAUCGAAGUUGAGCUGGAUGUUCUAGAGAAGGAGCUCCAGCUGUGGACGGAAGUGUCUCAAGAGGGCAAGGAGACCAAUAUCGAAGAAUGGCAGAAAGGUAUCGAGUCCUUCGACCAAAAGCUCGAAGACCUUGUCCCUGUCGAGGAUUAUACCGAAACAUACCGCCAAGCAGCCCUCACCAAAGAAGAAGGCGACAUCCUCAACCUCACCCUCUCCGGCCCUUCUCCCGAACCAUAUAUCCCUUCUCCCGGGCAAGCUACCCUCCCGUUCGUUCCUUCUGAUGACAUGUCGGCGGUCGAGAGGCUGGAUGGGUUGAUACAGAAUUUGCCAGUGGUGAGAGGGGUACAUGAGCGGGCUUUGGACAUGCCCACGCAAGGAGAUCAUGCCGAUUGCCAAGCCCUUCUCCAGGUCAUGGGCGUCCCCGUACUCACCGCCCCCAUACCCUACGAAGCCGAAGGCCUCGCAUCCUCCCUCGCCAAAGCUGGUCUGGUCGACUUUGUCGGUACAGAAGACAGCGAUGUGCUCGGGUACCAAGCACCCCUCCUCCGCAACAUCUCUACUUCUUCCAAACCGCUCACACUGAUAGACGGUUCAAAAUUGAGGGAAGAGCUGGGUCUGGAUGAGGAGGCGUAUAUGAGCUUUUUGGUGAUGCUGGGGACGGAUGCGUCGGAGAAUAUACCGAAAGUCGGGCCGGCGACGAGCUGGAAGUUGAUUCAACAAUACGGAUCGAUAGAGAAGAUUCUUGCUGAGAAAGAAAAGCUUGUUGAACGGCUCGGCGGACCCGAGGGAGUGGCGUUAUGGAUGGACGGGUUCAGAGCAGGGCAAAAACUGUUUAGCGACUUGCCCCCUAUCGACCCUAGCUGGGACCUGGAAGGGAAGGAGGUGGAUGAGGGGGUGGUGGAAAAGUAUCUGGAGGAGAAACAUGGGAUCAAGCUUGUCACCACAUGGGAGAAGAGAUCUCUGGGCACAGAUGAAGAGUCAGAGGGGGCGGCGAGUGAGAGUGAGAGCGUUCUAGAGGUGAGCAAGGUGUAGGCGCGAUAGAGUAUCUCGUUCAAUGAGUCUGAUUUGUACGGUUGUAUAUAAGAUAAGAAAAACAUAAUCCAUAGAUCUAACCACUCCUCAUCAGGCGUCUCAAUACCAAUCUGGCUUAUCUGGGUCUUUUAUCAGCGAUGACGAUGGGCAUGGAGGCUUUUAACAGUAAUAUUGAUCUGCUAAUUUCUAUUCAUCUAUUGGAUUCUCGUCUGGAACAGAACAUAUAUCUAAAUAAUGGCUACAGCAUUCUCCCAAUGCAAUCAACAAGAAACCCCAA